UCCAUGGAAAAUAUUGCAUUGUGUAGUGUGUACGCGUCUUCAACAAACUACAUUCAGUCUGUUUUUUAUCUCUCCACGUUACUCGACCUGCACUCUAUAUCUCAUUCAAGAAUUAGUUACAACCUGCUUGAGUUGAGUUCAGCUAGCAAUAUAGUUUAUGUAGAUCAUGACUUCAACAACAAAGCCAACUAAUCAAAAGCGCUUGGAUUCCUUUGAUCGUGAAUCUGGAAAUCUGCAUGGCCGUCAUACCAUCAAGGAUGGGCAUGGUCUAGGCUGGGUUGACAUAUUGCGGUUAGCUUUUCAGAGUAUUGGAAUAGUGUAUGGAGAUCUCGGAACAUCACCGCUUUAUGUGUUUGCUGGUACUUUUCCGGACGGAAUCAAACAUGAAGAUGACAUACUCGGUGCUUUCUCUUUGAUUUUUUAUACCAUCACUUUGAUCCCGCUCAUCAAAUAUGUUUUCAUUGUCCUUAAAGCAAAUGACAAUGGUGAUGGAGGGACAUUUGCUUUGUACUCUUUGAUAUGCCGAUAUGCAAAGGCGGGGUUCAUACCAAGUCAAGAAGCUGCAGAUAGUGAUGUAUCGAAUUAUGAGUUGGAGACACCAAAUAAAAGGCUGAAAAGAGCAUCAAAGCUGAAAUCUAAGCUAGAGAAAAGCCAGUUCUGUAAGUAUGUUCUUCUAUUUGCCACAAUGCUUGGCACUUGUAUGGUUAUUGGCGAUGGUAUUCUCACUCCUUGCAUUUCAGUUCUAUCAGCUGUGGGAGGAAUUAAGCAAGCUUCGAACAAAUUGAACGAAGAUAUGAUAGUGUGGAUAUCAGUUGCAGUUCUAGUUGCCUUGUUCAUGGUUCAAAGAUUUGGAACAGACAAAGUUGGCUACACCUUUGCACCCAUCCUUUUCAUCUGGUUUAUAUUCAUUGCUUUCACUGGCCUGUAUAAUUUCAUCAAGCACGAUCCUUCUAUAAUUAAAGCUCUAAAUCCGAUCCACAUUGUAUAUUAUUUCAAAAGGGACAAAAAACAGGCUUGGAUUUCCCUUGGAGGCACUGUCCUCUCCAUAACAGGUGCUGAGGCACUAUUUGCUGAUGUUGGACAUUUUACUGUACUUUCCAUACAAUUAAGUACAUGUUCUGUCGUUUUUCCGGCCAUUGUACUACAAUACAUGGGCCAGUCUUCUUACCUCCGAAAGCACAAAAUGGAUGCUGUGAAUGCCUUCUACAAAGCUGUGCCUGGUCCACUAUAUUGGCCUAUGUUUGUGAUAGCUGUUUUGGCAGCAGUAAUAGCAAGCCAAUCUUUGAUAUCUGGAACAUUCUCAAUCAUCCAACAAUCAGUCUCAUUGGGGUGCUUUCCUCGUGUAAAAAUAGUUCAUACCUCCACGAAAUAUGAAGGACAAGUUUACAUACCAGAAAUUAACUAUUUGUUGAUGUUCGCUUGUAUCGCAGUCACUCUUGGAUUCAGGGAUCCUGGGAAACUGGGAAAUGCUUAUGGUCUCGCGGUUGUAUCUGUGAUGGUCAUAACAUCAUCAUUACUUCUUGUCAUCAUGAUAAUGAUAUGGAAAACACAUAUUCUCCUAAUAAUCUCCUACAUUCUUAUCAUUGGAGGUUUAGAGAUUAUGUACUUAAGUGCGGUUCUUUCAAAAUUUACAGAGGGAGGAUACUUACCGCUAGUAUUUUCUAUAAUUUUGUUGGCAAUAAUGUACACAUGGAAUGAUGUGUACCGAAGAAAGUAUUACUAUGAGUUGGAACACAAGAUUUCUACUGAAAGGUUGAAGGAUAUUGCACUUAACACAAACUUACGUCGAAUCCCUGGCAUUGCAGUGUUCUAUUCAGAGCUUGUUCAAGGGAUACCUCCUAUAUUUACUCAGUAUGUAUCAAAUGUUCCAGUUCUGCAUUCUGUUCUGGUUUUUGUCUCGAUCAAGUCACUACCAAUCAGCAAAGUUCUGGUGGAUGAGCGGUUUUCCUUUCGUCGAGUUAAACCUGAAGAACUUAAUAUGUUUUGUUGCGUUGUGAGAUAUGGAUACACUGAUAUACGCAAUGAAGAGGAACCGUUUGAAAGACUUUUGGCAGAAAGAUUAAAAGCAUACGUGCAAGAAGAAUUUUUAAUUAACAAAAGUAAGCAAAAUCAUCUACAAAGUAAUGAGGCGGAUAGUGAUGACAUUUCUGUGCAAAUCCAGGAAGAUGAAAUAGAAAAUGAGGCAAUUGAGAGAGACUUAGAGGAGGUAACAUGUGACACAGAGAUGACAGAGGUGUUCAAGAAGGCAUGGUACGCUGGACUUGUGCAUUUCGUGGGAGAAAAUGAAGUGAUUGCAGGCAAAGGCGCAAGCCUAUGGAAAAGAGUUUUAAUUAAUUAUGCUUAUAAUUUCCUGAAGAACAAUGUGAGACAGAGCAUUAACAAGGUGAUUGAUAUACCUCAACAGAGGAUGCUUAAAGUUGGGAUGACUUAUGAGCUUCUGUGAAAAACCAGCCGUGCUUCUAAUACACAUAGUUAUCAAACUCUAUGAUGAUAUGUGGCAAUAAUUUAUGGUUGGUGUCAGUUAAAGACCUAUUUCUGAUGGCUCAAAGCCAACCAGUUGUCAGGCCUUAUUUUCUGUUUAUUCCAUGAGUUGACAAAUCGAGUAGCACAAAUGCCUACAGUCAUCGACUUUACUAUAUUUUUAUCAUGAUAAUGUGUGCUUUGUGUAUGA